AUGGAUUCAUUUAUUCCGGAUUCUAUAAACGAAUUCCGCAAUAAUUUAAAUCAAUACUACACUCCCGAAUCACGGUUGAACUCUAAAUUGAGACUGUACAAACAACAUCGAGGAUUAUUACAAGGAGAAGUUUCGAGACACGAUAUAUCACGAGGCGACCAUCCCUUACAGCAACAUCACAACUCAUUGUUAGAAUUUGAAGAUAAAACUUCUGAGAAAAACUUACUAAAAUUGCAAGAUCUAUUUGAAAUAGCACUUACAACUCUUGCUUAUCUUUCGUUUGGGAUGUUCAUUUUGCAAGUAAUCAUGUGUAUAACAAUGACAAAAACUGAUUCAAGUGUAAUGAUCCUCCCAACAACAUCUGAACUGGAAGUGGAGGAUGAAGAGCGACGUCGAAAUACUCGUGAAUUACCAUUUGAGGAUAUAACAGCCAGCAGAGAUCUUAACCAACUAAUAAAACAUGUACUUAUUUCCAUGAAUGCUCCCGUAAACACUGAAAAAGAUGAUCAUAAUUGUCUGCUUUCCCAUUUGUGCAAAAUAAAUAAGAAAACACGUAUCAUAAAGGACAUAAAGCAUUAUUGGAAAACUAUGUUAAGCUUUGGCAUAUGCUGGCUUUCAACAACCAGAUUUCUUUCUUGGAGCUCAUCUUCUUUUGCAAUGAAAUGCAUGAAUGCUGCCCUAACAGGACUUGGAAAUGGAAAAUGUUUUGAUCUACAAUUUUGUCCUGGCCCUUAAACUUAAUUUCGAUCAUAUAACGGAAACUAAAACAUGCUGCUGCUGAAUUACAGUUAAGCAAUAAAAAGCUUAUCAUUAUCACUAG